AUGGCCCGCACGGAGACGGUGAAGGCCUCGCCUUCCGACACCGACGGGGAGACGGAGAAGGCGCCGCCCGCGGCCUCGGGGUUGCGGCGGGGCCGCAUGCUGCACGGCCUCGAGGUCGCCCUCGUGGUGGUUGGCCAGUGGGCUGGCUACCUGGUGAAACCUCUCAACAAGAAGGAUGGUUCCAGCUUCAAGUGCGGUCUCUGCGCCCACGAGAGCACGGACCCGAGCCCGUGCCCCCAGGCGAGUAACGAGGACGAGUUCGGCGGAUACUGGCCGCGGAAGUACCGCGCCGACCAUGCCAGCAUGAUCCGCCAGGCCACGGGCUAUUUGUGCCUGGUUUGCAAGGCGGUGCUCUUGGACCCCCACUUGCCUGGCGGCGAGAAGAAGCCGCUGAAGGAGUACAUCAAGUGGGCGCGCCAGGAUGCGGGCCGGGCGCAGACCGCGCGGCUCAAGAUGGAUGCGCACGUCCAGAGCCAGGCGGGGAAGGACCCAGAGAAGCGCCGCCGCAUGUCCAGGCAGGCCGCGGGAGACAUCCAGCAGGCUCGCCAGGUAUCUUCCGUCAAGUCGUCCGGGCGUCGCCUGUCUGCGAACUGGCAUCAAGCCUGCCCCGUGAGCAAGUGGCGCGAGGCUUCCCCUGAGACGCCGCUGCCCACGGACCCGAAUUGUCGCGGCGAGGAACUCAUCGACGGCGCCUGGCAGGAGGUUGUAUAUGUCAUGCAGGACGGCGCGCAGAAGUUCUUGUACGACAUCGCGGACUACGACGAUCGCAAGGUGGAGCGCGCGGAGAUCGGCGCAGCAGAGAGCGCGCCGUCGGAGGGGCGCCAGUCCGACUCUCCCGCGAGCGACGAGGACGCCGAAGAGACGGAUCUCGUGGCCGCGGCGCUGUCGGGCCUGCGGGGCACGGCCCGCGCCGCCAAGCCCGCGCCCAAGGCUGCGACCAAGCCGCAGGCCAGACCACCAGCCCUGACGACCGGGGGGGCCACGUCCGGGCGCGCUGCCCAGACAGCCGAGAGGCCUGCCGCCGAAGGGGUUGCCACGCCCGCAGCCGUUGCCCCUUCGAACUGCGCCGCGCCCUCGGCGCAGGCGCCGCCGCAGAGGUCAGCCGCCCGCGCCCCUGCUCAGCCGGCCGCGCCCUCGGCGCAGCCAGCCGACGGCAGCGGCGCCAGUUCGCCCUUGGCGACCCCGCAGCGCUCGGGCCGGAGCCAGCCAGGGAAGAAGCGUGGCAGCGGCGGUUCGUGGGCCGCGCCCCUGCGCGCCCAGCCGCCCGACGACUCCGACGAGGGCGGCGAGCAGCCGGACGAGCCAGCACCUCUCGAGGACGGCUCCGCGGCGAAGAAGAGCAGGCGGAAGCCCCUCGAAUUCAGCCUCACAGCGGCCGGCAGGAAACUCAAGGGCGAGGCCGACACGCUCUUCAACACGUUCCGGGAGUGUUACAAAUUGCUCGACUUCAGCGGAGAUGUGGACCUGUCCACGAAGGAGGGGAGAGCCGACUUCAAGGCCGCGGCUUUUGAGCAGGCGGCAGCCGCAGAGAGCGCCAUCCACGCGGGGGAGAUCCCGGAUGACGGCGCGCAGGCGCUGCAGAUCAACAUGGCAUGGCUGGCGCGCUCAGAGGAGGCGCUGGCCGCGUCAGCGCGGGUCGUCAAGGCUGCUGUGAGCGAGAAGCCAGGGAACACCGAGACUCUCCUGAAAGACACCGAGAUCGCCGCGGCGGAGGACAUCGCGUUCGGCGUGCCGUACCAUAUGCAGUUCAGGAGCUGGAAGGCAGACGAGGCUAUCAAGCGCUGCGAUUGGCUACAGCUGAUGUCCCUGUUGGAAAGCGGCGCUGCAGAUGGCGCGCCCUCGGCAGAUCUCGCGACGACGACCCUCGAGCGAGUCGGCACGGGCCUGAUUUCGACCGUCGCGAAGUCGGACGCCAAGAAGGGAGGCGGAUCGUUUGCUGCCGUGGUUGCCUUCGCUGGCGCCGCGCGGCAUGCUCUCCAGCGGGCCCCCGCCGACCCUGCGCGGCCCGUGUGGGAGGCGGAGCCGAAGGGUCAAAUCCAAGUUCUCCGGGCAGUGUCGCGCGCGAGCGCUGCCCCGCUGACUGAGGUGGGGGACGCGCUGGAGGCGCCCCCGCAGCUGGAGGGGGCCUUGGGCGUCGCUUCGAACGCGAGCCCGGGCGGCAAAGUCCUCGUUGGUUGGGCGGAGUCGGCCAUGAAGAAGCGGCCCCACGUGGAGGCCGCUCUCCAGUGCGCCCAGGCUGCCCGGGAGCUCUUCGCGCAGGUGACGGGCCACGCCGCCGGGGAACAGUGGCAGAAUUGGACCGAGGAGGUGUCGCGUGCCUGCAAGAAGCAGAAGGAGGCCUUGUCCAAGGCGGGCGCGCUGCAGGAGGAGCUCCUGACUGCCGCGUGCGUCGAGCGGCUGGAGUUGGAGCACGGCUGGUCGACCGUCGAGGAGUGGGCGCCUGAUGGCAUCAAGGGCCCCCACGAGACCGCCUUCGGGGCAUUGAAGAAGAUCGCCGACAUCGCCGCGUACAGCCGUCUCGACGUACCUGGGAUGAAGCAGCCAGUGAAGACAGCCAAUCGGUUGUGCGACCUCUUGAAGGAGAGCCCCGAGGCGUUGUUGAAGGUCUCUGGCGUGACAGUGUCUGCGGAAGACAACGUAGAGGGGCUGCAGUCGCUGUUCUCCCUCGCGCUGGGCACGGCGGCGCGCGCGCGCAGGGCCUUGGGCCACAGCGUUCUGGCCAGAGCCAAGGGUGCAGCAGAACAGUCUCUGAAGCGCGUGGACUCGGCGGCGUGGCAACGGAAGGGAUUGCAGGUCUUCUUGAAUAUCUCCAAGCUGCUUAGCGCGGAGCCGCCCGAGGACACCUGGAAGGAAGCCGGCAUGGGGCUGCGCAGCGUCGCGGCCGUCGCCGACGCCAAGGAGCUUGCCGAGCAGGCCGGGGGCGAGCUGAACCUGGAGCUGUGGGAGAACGCGAGCGACGCCGUGCGCCAGCUCGGCAAGGAGCUGCACGCGCAGGCCGUGCCAUGGCUGGAGAAAGUCGCGCAGGAGCGGGCUGAACGCUCCGUCAAGCGGUUCGACGCCGAGCCAGCCGUGCGCGCCGCGAAGGAGCUUCUGGAGAGGAGCCCCAUCCCCGAGACGCUGGAGGAAGCGGCCGAGUUCUUAAAGGUUGUCGGUGGCACCGUGGACAUGCCGGAGACCUUCGGCGGCAAGGGUGGGAAGAUGGUUGAUGCUGUCAACAAGGUGAUCGGUGGCUUCUCUCUCAUAAAGGAGGUGUACCGCGACCCCCAGCUGGAGUCGCAGGUGGACUCCAUGACGUCACAGUUGCGACAGCGGCUCUUCCUGGUCGCCUGGUGCGCGAACGUCACGUCGUCGAUUUGGGAGGCGAAAGGGCAGUCGAGGAUUCUGACCCAGCAGAAGCAGAAGGUCCGCGAUGCCAUGAAGAACCUCAUCAGGGUCGCAGUGGAGCCUGACAAGAUGAAGGAGGAGUUCCCCGCGCUCGAGGGCCGCCUGAUCCCCGAGAUCCUUCUGAACGCGGGGAAGGCGAUCCUCGCCGGCCGCGCAGUGAACGGGGAGGGCGAGGCGGAGGGCGCCAGCGGUGCAGCAGACAGCGCGCCUGGGAGCGCCGCCGGCGGCACUGACCAGAAAGGGUGCGCCCGGGCUGGGCCCGGGGCCGCCAAGAGGGCCAGGGUGGGCGACGCGGCGUCGUUUCCAAAGGCGACGCCGCAUUCCCCAGCGGUUCUGGCGGCGAAGAGAGCCAGCAUUGGCGGCGCCCCUGUGUGCAAGUCCGCUUGCAAGGCCGCGUAG